AUGUUAGAAUUAUUAGUAAAGAUUUUGCCAACUAGUGUUACGGAACAAGAUAUUAAUCCUGAUAUAAAUCGAGUCCUUCAAUCUAUUCUUUCGAAUAUUGCAAUUAAUUUUGUUGAUAAUCGAUUCGCAAUUAGAGGUGUCAGUACAAUUGAAUUAAAAAUACCACCUGGUAGAUCCAGAAUUAUAAGAACAAAAAGUCUUCUUCAAAAAGUCAAAAAUAGACUAAUUUACAAAGGUCGACCAAAUGCAAGAAAAUUAGCUAAUCCGCUUGGUGUUUCAAAGGGAACAAUCGGUCGAAUUAUGCAUGGUGAUCUUCAUUUACAUGCCUAUCAUAUUACAAUUCAGCCAAAUCUAAAGGAUGAACAAAAAGAAGAACGAGUAUCAUUUCCGUAUUGGGUUCGAAAGUCAUUAAAAAAACAAGAUUGA